AUGGCAUCCCCUAUUUUCAACGUCGCUAGAUGGACAUUCUUUGCCAGCGGCAUUGUCUACGGAUUUGUACACAACUCUAAGCUCUCUGGCGAGGCCAAGGCCAAGGAGGCCCAGGCCGAGUUCGACCACAAGGCCAAGCUCAUCGAGCAGGCCAGAGCCGAAUGGCGCAAGUUGCACCCCAAAAAGGAGUCUGCCACUGCAUCUCUUGAUUUGGAGAACCCCAACUUCGAUAUUGCCAAGUACAUCGAACAGAGCGUCGAGCAGCUCAAGGCUUAA